GUUUAUCGACCGUCUCUGCACCUGACAACCGUGGUUUGCCUUGCCUGAGAUUCAGUCAUGACUUUUGCUCCUUCCAUAACAAUACACCAAAACAACCGAAAGUUCAAGUCCUGAAGCUUGACGACCCAUCAAAGUCUUUCUUUCUAGCUGUGGCCUCUGUAUCUGCCUAGUCUGAAGGGGCUGAUCAAAAUAACAUUGCUCAACCAUCAUGGCGCCAAAUAUGGUGUCCAGUUCUACGCAAACUCAGUCUGCGGUUUCGGAAUCCACCGUGGAUCCGGAGAACACGACAGCAGGCAGUACUCCGCAGGAACCUGAGGAGACGCCUAGCGCCCCCCAAUCAAUCAUCGACACGACUACUAGUCAAGAUGCCGACAUAGUCAGUGCCAUCCAUGAUGGAGCGGUUCUCAGGGAGGUCCAAAACUCCCUGCGCGAAAUCAGCUAUGGAGUAGAUGAGUUGUCAACAACUGUACAGGACUUGCUCGGUCUCUCGGAAUCGGAAGGGAAUUCCUCCGAAGACUGCGCAAACGACAGUGAGCACCGCGGAAGGCCACGGUUUUCAUGGUCCAAACUGAAGUCGAAUGCUCGGCGACGUCGAAGAUACCGGCAAGGGCUUGAAGAGACAAAAGACUCAGAGAAUGGUGAUGAAGUCACCAACACGCGGCCAGAAAUCAUAAAUGACGUCAGGGAGUGCAAUGACGAGCAGUUCCAGACGUCCUCAAAUGGUGACAGCAACACGUCACAUUGUAUCGAUAUCUUGAUUGAGGUCGAUUCGCCCGACAAAGACAACCCGCAGCUCAAUGAAACUUUUACCACAGGAAGAACCGGUAUGAUCGAUACUGGGGAGCCAGAUCAUGUACCGGACCCAGACGAAGAACCGAGCUCGGAGCACAGUGAAACAAAAUGGAUUCGAAUGAUAAGAAUCAACUCACGUGUCGUGUUGGCAACGCUGAAACACCUUGGCCAUGCGACUACCGACCCUGGUUUCGGGUUCCACCCCGUUGAGUUCCCUCGACCAUUUCAGGUGCUCAUAUCCAUGCACGAGAAGAUGAAGAACCAUUCAGCCAGCAUGAAAUCUAAGAAUUUCAAUCAGGGGAUAAGCAACCUUGACUUGGACUUGGACAAGAUGUGGAAGAAUAAAGUGGACAGUCGUGUCCUUGCCCUAAUCAAUAAGGACAAUGCUCUUGACGAGCUGACAUGUUUUGUGGACUUUAUGGAGUCUCGAAUCAUGCCCGAUUCACGACGGUACAGGGGGCCGUCGUCCACUCUACCCAAAACGAUCCGGUAUGAAGAUCUAUGGUACCUGUUUAAACCUGGAGACUUUAUCUACCUUUCACCGGACGCAACUGCUCGACCCAUGUGGAAGUCAUCUGCAUUGACACAAACCAUUUUCCGUGUCAUUCAGACCCGAGUCACCAACAUAUCGCCUACUGUCCCAUUUGGGUUCAAUCCUCAAGGUGGGUUUCCGCAAAGCUGGGCUUUAUUGACCCACUUCAUCGAUCAUGACGGAACAUCCUACGCUCCAGUACCCUUUUUUAUCUCUACUAUUGCUCCGUUUCCGGGCAAGAAAAAGGUCACAGAGCUGGUAGCAUACCCAGUAUCAUACUUAGAAGACGAGAGAAUCAUGGCGGAAGCCAUCUCAGAUGGACAGAAUUUCGUCAGCCUGAUGGAGCGACGUUCCGGCUUCUACAGCGGCUGGACGCAAACCGUGAACCCACUUGGACAACCUGUUGAACAUGUUCAGACGGCUUCCCCAGGAAAAAGGUUGUCAAGCCCAGAGCACAUCGAGAGCGAAAUCCUCGUGGACUUCCAAGAAACCUUUCAUGCAAUUCCUGAUUGGAAGGCUCCAUUUUAUAGAACAGCACCCCCCAGCCAGGGUUCAGACUGGUAUAGGUAUCAAUUAACUACCAUCAUGGUCAACGGACCCUCACCCCCGAUCCAGGUGGAUCGUGGUAACGAGGGUGAGAUAAAACCCCGGCGGUAUAGAAGCGCAAGGAUGAUACGAGACUCCACCGAGAAGAACGAAGCCAUAACGUUCAUAAUUGAAGAUGAGUUGGGUCUAUUCAUGCCAAGCACGAGACCUGCUCCCACUGGAAAGUUCCUCGCGUUACUUCCGAGACGGAUUUUUGCGUACGCGGUCAUCGAGCGCCGAUUUUUCCCUCUGGAUAUUCGUUUUGUUCGCAAUUCGGAUGUUCACGUUCAUGACAAAACGUUUGAGAAGCUCGAAAUCAACCAAGAUUACAAGCGGCUCAUCCUUGCGCUUGUCAAGUCGCAUUUCGACAAGGUUGAGACGGAAAAGAGAACAAACACCGAGAUUGGAACGCAAGAUUUGAUUCGAGGCAAGGGAAAAGGUGUUAUCAUUCUCCUUCAUGGAGUCCCAGGGGUUGGGAAGACGGCGACGGCAGAAGCCGUCGCGCUUAAGUGGAGAAAGCCUCUAUUCCCAAUCACAUGUGGGGAUCUUGGGUACACAGCCGAGUCUUUGGAAAAGUCGUUGAGUGAAAUUUUCCGAUUGGCACAUCACUGGGGCUGCAUUUUGCUACUUGACGAGGCCGACGUCUUUAUCACACGAAGGGAAAGGCACGACCUGAAGCGCAAUGCAUUGGUAUCAGCAUUUCUUAGGGUCCUGGAGUAUUACAACGGGAUUAUGUUCCUAACAACCAAUCGAGCAGGGGUUUUGGAUGAGGCUGUGAAAUCACGAGUACACUUGAGUUUACAUUAUGACCAUCUUACCAAGGAUCAGACAGUGGCAAUCUUCAAGCAACACAUUCAACGCCUCAGGGACAUCGAGAGACAGAGAAAUCCUGACCCUGACGAUCAAAUCCUCGUUCUCCCAAAAGAGAUCCUCGAAUUUGCUAAAGAGCAUUACGAUCGGGGGGGCAACAAUGAAGGCUCCGGGACCAACCUUGGAAGGUGGAACGGAAGACAGAUCAGGAACGCGUUCCUGAUCGCGUCUUCCCUAGCACACUACGACAGUGAAGAGGACGGCGAAAACGAGGAUUUGGAGGACUUGGCAGAACCCACAAGGAAGAAACAGAAACAGUUGGGCAGAAGUCAGUUUGAGCUCGUCGCCCGCACUACCCUUCUGUAUGACCAGUACAGACAAUCGGUUCACUCUGGCAGGUCAGACGAUCGCGUCGCCUUUGAAAGAGAGGAGAGGGAAAAGCCAUCUCAGCCACGGCCUCCCACACCCGCGCGGUUCAAGAAUUGAUUGAGGACACAUGGACAGAAUUGGGUAGCAAUGACGGCCGCUUUCACUUCACUUGGAACGUAUUCCGACAACAUGGAGUUGGUCUGCUUUUAUUUGAUGAUAGUCGCAUUCACGAGGGCAAUAGAGAUGGUUCAUAUGUAUUGCAUUGCCUCCAUACGCAGCUCCACGAUCGGUAACUUAAGUAUUCGAUUCAUUGUCUGCCUUUUG